AAACAACCGACCAGCCCUCUAGAGUGCACUGACGAAAUUGGGAGAAAUCAUGGCGCAGGCGCCGAGUCAGGCUGCUUCUUUUCGACGGAGGCCGUGUAUCGUCGCGGUCGUUAGGGAACCCCGUAACAGCGUCUUCGGAAGCAUCAAGCAAAAUGGGGUUUGUCAAGGUGGUUAAAAACAAGCAGUACUUCAAGCGGUACCAGGUUAAAUUCAAGAGGCGUCGGGAGGGUAAGACUGAUUACUAUGCCCGUAAACGACUCACUAUUCAAGACAAGAACAAAUAUAACACCCCCAAGUACAGGUUGAUCGUCCGACUCUCCAACAAAGAUAUCACCUGUCAGGUCGCAUAUUCGCGCAUUGAAGGAGAUAAGAUCGUGUGCGCAGCUUACAGCCACGAGUUACCUAAGUACGGAGUGAAAGUUGGUCUCACCAAUUAUGCCUCUGCCUACUGCACGGGUCUUCUUCUCGCCCGAAGGCUUUUGAAGAAGUUAGGUCUCGACUCUCUGUACACUGGCACCACGGAAGUCACAGGUGAUGAAUACAACGUCGAGGAAUUAGAUGACGGACCAGGUGCAUUCAGAUGUUACUUGGACACAGGUCUCAUGCGUACCACAACUGGAGCCAGAGUAUUUGGCGCCAUGAAGGGUGCUGUAGAUGGAGGCCUAAACAUCCCCCACAGCACGAAACGGUUUCCUGGAUACGACAACGAAUCCAAAUCUUUCAACGCAGAUGUCCACCGACAACAUAUCUUUGCCCAGCACGUAGCCAACUACAUGCGAACACUUGAGGGUGAAGAUGAGGAAGCUUUCAACCGUCAAUUCUCUCAGUACAUCAAGAACGCAAUUACCGCGGACAGUAUUGAAAGUAUUUACAAGAAAGCUCAUGAAGCAAUCAGAGCCAACCCUGCCCACACAGUAGCAAAGAAAGACAAGGAACCGGUUAAGAAGAGAUGGAACCGCGCUGGACUUUCGCUUUCAGAACGGAAGAACCGUGUGGCCCAGAAGAAAGCAUCGUUCCUUAAAAAAUUGGAAGAAGCUGAAGCCUAAGAACGUUUUUUUACUUAGGUCUACAUCGCUACUGUUGCAAAUGUCUUCGUUCAUAAUUGGAGAGCUAUAUGAAUUCACUUUCUCAAAUUGUAAUAUAAUUGUGUCAUUGGCGAUGGGCCGACAAAGUAAUAAACAGAAUGGUUUCAACCACAA